AUGGAGACAGCUUUUGUUCACACUGGUAGAAUAUGCUAUCCGUGGCUGAACGCUCUUAAAGAUAAAGAAACUAGCGUUCAAGAUGCAUCAAAUAGCCACUCUCAAACAACGUACACUGCAAAUCAGCUUGAUGAAAAAACUGGCACUCUGAUGGUCGGUCCAAACGGACUGGAUCGGGAACGCCAAUCCUCGUACAAAUUUGUCGUGACCGUGUCCGACGGAGCAGCCACCCUCGGUAGACCAGCUCUCGCGCCUCGGGAGCGUCAUGUGGUCCAAACCGUGGUCCAUAUUACUGUUGAAGACGAAAAUGACAAUGCGCCCAGGAUCAUCUACCCCGAAAGUCAUACGGCGACGUUCACACUAGCAUGUCCAAUCCUACAACAACAACUUCCUCACACAAUUGCUCAGAUCGCUGUAAACGAUUCGGAUACCGGGAUCAAUGCCGAGGUGUUCUAUCAUCUGAGCCCGGCAACUGAGUCCAUUGCCACUGAACGUCAGUCAAACAUCGCUAAUUCCGAUUUGCGGAACGACUCGGUCAAUUUGAACGAGACCACACCGGGACCGACUUUCACUAGCUCAGAUCCGGAUGUUUCCAAUACUAUCCACCUUGUCCCAUUUCAAAUUGAUCCUCAGAAUGGGCUCCUGAUGAUUGUGAACUCACCGGUGGACGAACAGAAUAGAGACAUCUGUGCGAUGGAUCGAGCACACAGUUCUGGGAUAAGUGGUGCUUCCGGGGUCAAUGGGUUGACGGUACUCGCCGAGUAUCGUCUUCGGGUGAUUGUGACCGACCGAGGAAUUCCACCACUUUCCAGUUCUGUCAUCCUGUUUGUGCGUAUAGUGCCUAACGCGCCGAUGGAUUCUCCCGAUUCACCCCUACGACAACCGGGACAACUUCCUCCGUAUCUCGUGGAUCGCUACAACCCUCGUGUAGGACUAUCCAGCGCCUAUGAUAACCCAUCUGGAGGAAAUAUGGACGGGACAAAUCAGCGAUUAGGAAAACUUCAUGCUUCACUCACACCAUCCUUGGCUUCGGAUUCCCGCCCGGGGAACGAGUCACCAUUGUUAACCUCGUUGAGUUCACCGGAUGUGUUUUGGGCGGCCACUAUCUGCCUGACAAUUGCCACCGGGGUGCUCAUUUUCCUGAUUGUUCUGAUCACUAUGGUUACGUGUCAUCGACGCAUGAAACCGGUUGCACGGCACAACGAUGGGCCGGGUGAAACCCGCCAGAACGAAUGGGCACAGUCAGAUGAAGGAACAUACGACUCCCGCUACGAGUCGCGUCCAUUCGAUAACGUGGAAAUGAACAUUUCGAAAAAUUCUCCAGCCGGUGAGGAACUCUUUACAUUAAGCGAUGAACCAAGUAUGAACUUGUACGUUUGGUCUGGGCGACUUAAAUCGACCGGUAAUAGUCCGGAUCUGCACGGCACAGGUUUGUGCGGAUCUCCGAAACUGACUAGUAUGACCGGCUACUCUCAUCUGAUGACCACAAUGCCCCACUGUAGAACCUUGCAAAACCCACUUGUUCAGCGAUCGGACCUCGGCCGAGUGGAUGUGUUGUUGCGGCGAUCCCCCUCGAACGCAUCCCCUUGUAACGCGAACUAUGAGGGCUAUCAGAAACUGAUGCCCACUCCACGAGUAAAUGAGCUAGACAGCCGAACUUCGGCGCACAACACGGCAAACACAUUUAAUCUGGCGCUAACAAACCCAGUCACCAGUAGUGUACCGCGUUCGAACGGCAGACGUGACACGCAACCUAGUUUCCACAGCGAGGAAGAUCUGCGCAAAGUGCCCAGUACAACUGGAACGGGGCUGGGAGCCGGAGUCACGGGGACGUUGCCGCGUGCACCGAGCACGUUUGCAAGCGUGACGCAGAAAUCAUGUGAUACUAUUGACCCCGAAAAGUCAGUCGCAAAAAGUGUGGGCAAGAAGAAAAAUGAAGUGAGUUUUGUGUGA